GGACUGUGGUUUAUGGGGUCUAUAAAUAGCAGGGACCGAUUGGCAAUAUCUUCAACCAUCUGCCAUGUUCACGUGCUACUCUGCUAUAUACCUCUUAGUUAUCUGUGUGUCUCUAUCUCUGCAAAUCUUAUCCACUGCAUGCUCUCCUUGAGGGUCUUUUUUAGUCAGUGAGGUCGUUUCCCGUUAAGAGAUACCAUCAAACAGUAGUUUUGUUCGUUACUUGACAAAGAAAGCUACUUUUAUUGCCUAGCUUUGCUUUGCUGAUAAUUUUAACAUGGAAAACAAAAGGCAUGAGUCUGGUGGUUCUUCUUCAUCCAGAAAUUUUGAUCAUCUUUUUGGUCCCAAGGACUCCUCUUCAUCUUCUUCAUCCUCCACUACUAGUAUUUUUGGCUCUAUUUUCCCACCACCAUCAACGAUGGCAACUGGGUCUUACAGUGGAAUAAUGGAGUCACUGAAAAAGCAGGGCGAAAGCAGCAAGGCUGAGAAUAGCAUUUUCAGUAGCACAGAGAAGAAUUCAGUUUAUCAGAAUGAAACUGCAGAACCUUGCUAUUUAAGCUCCUCAAUCUACUAUGGAGGCCAAGAAAAUUACUCUCCAAAAAACAAAACCACCACUGAAUCUCCCCAUGUUUUUAAAAAAGAUAUGGGAGAGGAUGACCCUAAUGGAAACAAUGCUAACAGCGCUUCAAGAGGAAAUUGGUGGCAGGGCUCGCUCUAUUAUUAAUACCUUGCCCUCAAUGGCAGUCACCAUCUACAUAUAUAUAUUAUUUUGCAGGAACUAUGAUCUUAUAUUAUUAGAAAUAAGCGGUAGAAUUAGACGGAGAAGACUGAAAAGUAAUGAAGGUGGUACUUGCUGCCAAAUGAUGGGUCAUUUUUUACAACUAGUCAACUUAAGCAAAGAUCAUCAUAUAAAUAAGCUCUCAUAAUUUGAAAAGAAGUUUAUGUCAUCACUCAAAGAGAUCUCGUAUAGAUUGUCUCUUUUGUGAAACUAACCCAUUUUCCUUUCAAUUGAAGAACUAUGUUUUUUAGA